GUACAUCUGCGAUGCUACGUGCGAUUUUACUUGGGAAUGAUCGCUCAGAGAAACUAUGGAAAAAACAACCAUGCGCUUCACUUUGUUUCUACCGGGCACACCCAACCCUACUCUAGUCUCCGCCUCGCUUCCUGAACAAGUAGACGGUGGGCGUAUUGGAUCCACUGACGAAAAGUCAGGCGGGCAGGUCUUUCUAGGUGGAGCCAUCAAAUCUGUUUUCCAUUCCGCGUUUUCCAACUCAGCAUACUAAGUUAGACCCAACUAGCGUUAACCUCCAGUUCCUGGUUUUGCAGGCGGCUUACAGCUGCUUAGCGCAUCUGGUCCGCCGCGCCUUCUCUCUUCUCCUCCUCCUCCUCUUAGCGUAGGCAUACCAUAGCUGCUAGUACCCAAGAAGCUGCCAUGUCCGGAGAAGAAACUGCCGGGGAAGAUGCGGGAGCCCCUCAACCCAGCACUGUUGCUCCUCCAGCGGAGCAGCAGCAGAACGAAGCAGCAGUGGCGGAGGCACCAGCGACUGGCGAGGAGGGAAAGGCUGCUGCGGGGACGUCGGAGGAGGCUCCCGCAGUUUCUACCAGUACCGCUGCUGCUGGUCGCCAGUAUAGGGCACUGGUGCUCACCGGCUUUGGUGGUUACGAGAAAGUGAAAAUGCAGAUUCGGCAGCUGCCUCAAGCGGAACCCAGUCCGGGCGCUGGCCAAAUUUGCGUGCAGGUCCGGGCCUGUGGGCUCAACUUUGCUGACCUGCUGGCUCGCCAAGGGGUCUACGACAGGCUUCCCUCGCCCCCCGUUAGCCCUGGCAUGGAGGCGGCGGGAAUCGUCCUGGCCGUGGGCGAGGGCGUCUCCAGCCCAAAGGUUGGUGAUAAGGUGAUGAUUAUGGCCCGGUCAGGUCUCUGGCAAGAAAUUGUGACAGUUCAAGCCAAUCAGACUUUUCUCAUGCCGGAAGGUAUGAGCUUUGAGGAAGCAGCUGCCUUUCUGGUCAAUUACAUCACUGCCUACAUGGUUCUCUUUGAUUUUGGCAACCUGCGCCCUGACCAGAGUGUCCUUGUCCACAUGGCAGCAGGUGGUGUGGGAACUGCAGCCGUCCAGCUCUGCAAAACUGUGGAAAAUGUCACCAUUUUUGGCACAGCAUCUGCCUCCAAGCAUGAGGCCCUCAAAGAAAAUGGGGUGACUCACCCGAUUGAUUACCGGGCAGCUGAUUAUGUGGCUGAAGUCCGGAAAAUUUCUCCCAAAGGUGUAGAUGUUGUUUUGGACCCCUUAGGAGGUUCAGAUACCACAAAAGGCUUUCAUCUCCUGAAACCAAUGGGCAAACUAGUCAGUUAUGGUGUAGCCAACUUGCUAACAGGACAGAGGAAGAACCUGAUGGCUAUGGCAAAGACCUGGUGGAAUCAGUUUAGCAUCAAUGCCUUGCAGCUGCUUCAUCUCAACAAAGCAGUUUGUGGCUAUCACUUGGGCUACCUUGAGGAGGAAGUGGAGCUUUUAACUGCUGUGGUGACCAAGCUAAUUGCUCUCUACAAUCAGGGCAAAAUCAAACCAAAGGUGGAUUCUGUUUGGCCCUUUGAACAGGUGGUUGAUGCCAUGAAGCAGAUGCAAGAGAAGAAGAAUGUUGGGAAAGUUGUCUUGGUUCCUGAAGCUCCACCGAAAGAUGAAAACAAGAAAAUAGAGAAUUAAAGCAAGGGGCAUGGGUGAACUAUUUGACCUCAGGUUGAUUUUGGGGGACUUUUUUUUAACUGCCUCCCCUCCACCCCCACAUCUGACCCCUGAGGGAAGUAGAAAUGGACAGGUCUCUCACUGCUGUUAAUGGAAUAAGUGACAUCAGGACUGAGGAAAAAAAAGUCUUUUCUUGUGGUUAGUUGGCCGUUUAAAGUUGAGGAAAUCUUCUGAGUUUCAUAAAAUCUUUUACAGAGUGGAACUUAAAAGAUUGCCACAUCCCUGUGAAAUUAUUGGUUGGUCUACUUUAAAAAAGAAAUCCAGCACUUCUUUUGCAAUCUUGAUAUUUUGCUCUUAAAGGAACCAUAUAGAGAAUUAUCUGAAGUGAAAAGAAUACAAGGCAAAACCUAUCCAUUGGCAACGCCUUUGAUUUCUUGAUCUUACAUUUUUGAACACACUGUUCAAAAAUUCCUAGAUAUGUUAUUUGUCUCAAUGACAUCUUCUGUCCUUAGCCAUCCUUAGCUCACCUCUGAAUACUUAAUGAUUAGUAAGUUUAGAGAUCGUAAAACACCCAUGGUUUUAGCAGCUAUUGGCAGUUGACAGUUUCCAUAGAAACAAAUCUUUGAAUCUGCUACUUUGGAAGGGCACAUUUAACAAACAGAACACACUAGAUAUCUUUGCAGCUGGAGGGAGAUGUGAGGAAGAAAUUUUUGCCUCUGGGGUAUUAAUUUACCUUAGUGCAACAAAGCUACCAUAGCUUGCUGCAAUAUGAAAGUCCUCUGUGCUAUCUAGGCAAAGCUCAUAUAUCUUCUUCUUUUUUUGCCAAAAUCUACUAUGGAGAAUGCAAGUAUGAAAAAUCAAGGAAUUGCCAGUAAAGAAACUGCAAGAUUCCAAGUAUGGCUUGUUUUAGAGAGAAGUACUGACUUUCCAUUUAAAAUGGGUUAUGUAGACAGACAUUUAUUUAACAGUACUAAACAGCUGAUUAGCCUGUAAUCUCAAAAUAGUAAUUUCAUGUUUAUCAUCUCUGGCUUGUGGCUUGAUAUCAAGCUGUUCUAAGGAUUAACUAUAUAAAAAAAUAGAUGUUCUCAGUCAAAGAUACGAGAAAUACUUUAAUAACAUUAUUCCCUCUUACAAUUGUUGUUUAACUUCAAGACCCAAAAUAUUUAGAUGUGCAUUGUGCCUGUGAUUUGCAAGUUACACUAAGGAUGAGCCUAGUUUAUGCUAAAGACUCGCUGCAAAUUAAAUAUUCUCUUAAUAUUUUUAUGCUGUAGAGGAAGGGCAACAGGACCAAUUUUGUACAAGAAACAGAUUGGGCAGGAAAUAGUAACAGAUUUUUACAUUUGUAAGAUUCUGACUUGACUUGAAAAAAAAUCAAUUGGUCACUUUGGUAAUGUAUCUGGAACUAUUUCUGCUGAAGACCUUUUUUGUUGUUGAACAGAUUAAGUUUGUCUGAUCCUUUUUCAUUCACCACCAUUUCUGAAAGCUCUUCCUUGAAAAUCUUCAGAGGGUUUUUGUGUAUGUAUGUCAGUAAAUAGUUUUGCUAUUUUAGGAAUUUGAUCCUCAGAGUAUUUCUCAGCACUUUGAAUUAUCCAUUUCUAAAAUUCCUCCUCUUUCCAGGAGUUUUGCCAAUCUGCUUUGGAUAAAGCUAUUAUCCUUCAUAUUCCAGUAAACAAAAUAUCCAAGAAAAGACAAGGGUCCCAAGUUGCUUCCUCAAAGUGUUCUCAAUUAGUUAUAGCAGAAAAAAUCCUAAAUUUAAUAUUCUGUCUUUUAUUGGCCCAGGAAAAAAUAUUUUCAGUAGAUUGUAUCAGUUAAGCAUCUUUCUUUCUGGCAAUUCUUUUUCUUUCACCCAUCUGAAAGCCAUCUAUGAAAAUGUUAAGACCACCUUCAAUCCCCACACAAAAUAUAUAUUUGUGAGGGGUCCUUGGUGCUUUCUAAGCUCACCUGCUUUCUUGCAAAUGCCUCAUUACCUUAACUAGGUAAGCUAGCACUGAUAAUGUAACCUAGUUAGGGUAAUGAAUCAUCUGCAAGAACAUAAGGAAGCUCAGAGAGCACCAAGGACCCCGCAUUUCAACCCUGAGCUACAAAUAUUCUGCUUUAUUAACAUAUUCGUGAGAAUGGAAACCAUCUUUGAUGUCCUUUUAGCCAAUCAGCCCUUGAUUAUUCAUGUUACUUAGGGGGAUCCUCAGCUUACAAUCUUUUGCAGGCCUAUGUUUAUUUAGCAUGUCUGUUUUGUGAACAGAACAUUUUCACAAUUCUUGCACAAAGCUUUUCAAUCCUUAGUACUGCAUGGGGGGGGGGGAUUCAUUUAAAAAAGCAAAUGAAAUGGAACCUCGUAACUUCAAUGUAAUAUAAAUAUUUUCUCUUCUUUCUCAAACAUCCAAUUGCGGAAUUAGUUGCCAUCUUGUGAUUAUGGAAACAAUAAGACAAUAUAUUUGUAAAACUUCAACUUGAGAAGGCUAUUUUAAGACAGCUGUCUUCCUUAUACAACCCUGUUAGCCAUUAUAAUGAGGAACACAAGAAAGGAGGCAUCUAGUGCAAUCACUGUGGAGAAAAUCUGGCUUGGAAUGCCAGACAUCCAUUGGAUAGUUCUAAGCAAAAGAUGGAAGUUCUGGAAAUGAUUAUUCUUGCUGUGGAUCAUUCCUUUCAUUAUUUUGUAUAUAUUAAUGUUUUGAAAUUGGUAAGUACAUCAUUUCUAUAAGCUCAAUCAAAGGCUACCAAGCAUUUUUAAACAUUAUUUAAUCUGCCAUGUUCUUACUGAAAUAUAAUACUGUACAGAAUACCAAUUCGUGGGAUCCCCAAACUGAGAGGAACCAAAAGAUCAGUUCCUUCAAGGAACCAAUGCUCAAUGCUAGAGCACAUAAUUCUUGUGUAGGUAAUUCCAAAUCCAAGCCAUGCUAGAUAAAGUUAGGAGAGUUGGAAAAAUGUUGGCCCAAGAACUUUCAAUGGUUUUUAAUAGUUUAAUGUAGUGUAAGGCAGAUUCCUAGAAUUUUCAUACCUUACGGAAGGACAGCUGGCUAGUCAUGAGACUCAUCAAAUGCAACUUUUCUAGUUUGAAGGCCUUCAGAGAUAUUGAACUUCAACUUUCAGCAUUUCCAGCCGAGGGAAUUUCCAGCUUCCAUAUCUAAAGGGCGUCAGAAGGGGAAAAUGCAGAGAUCUGAUCUGAUAUGCAGGAGAUUCGAUAGAUAUUGGAGACUAGCCUAGAGCAUAAAGCUGUAGCUCUAAUUAUCUGAUGUGGCCUUUCUUCUGCCACUUAUUUUAUACAUAUAUCCUCAUAUCUCUUGAUAUUUUUUACCAUUUCCUAGGACCUACCAAGGUGCAAUUUUUUAAACUUCUGGCUUAAGAUUAUAGGCCAACAGGAGUUUACAGAUCCCAAUUGUAUGAUCAAAAGAGAAAAUGAGUUUCAGGUUUUCUGUUGUUUUAAGCACAACAAGGGGAAAAAAGUCUUGCAUGAUCAGCUGUGGUCUCUCAAGCUUUUACGAAAUAAUGGGGGAAAAGGGUGGGGUGGGGAGAGAAUCUCUUGUAAAAUUUUGUGGGUUUAGUUGUUGGUUUUUUUCUCUCUCUCAUGCCUUCCUUCUUGCUGCUGCCGGUGCCUUAUUUGGGAUGGCAUUCCAAAACAUUUCUAACCUCAUCAUUGUAAAACUGCAAGGAAUAGCCUUGCCUUUAAAAGAACUUCUAUGCUGCAUUGUUAUUCCCAAUUUAUUGUGCCUUGUUCCAAACAGUGAGUAAGGUCUAAUUCAAGAAGCCUUUGCCAAUGUUGACUUGUUAAAAAAGAAUGCCCCAUCCCAAGGAAACAGUUUGAAAUGUAUGUAUGGCUUCUGUUCCUUAAUCAAUGAGGACACUUACAUAAUAGGAUGAGUUGUUACAGAAAUGCAUAAAUGUUGAUGUUAUUAUUAACAGAUAGCAUGAAUUCUCCUAGAUAUAUCCAUCCUUCUUUAUGAGAGUCAUCAGAUAUUUUUUGCAAAAUACCGUGGAAGUGUGGUUCAAGUCUCCUGACCAGCAUUUCUGAACCUUAUUUUAAAUUGAGUAGAUGUAGCUUAAUGAACCUCUGUCACAUAAUAAAUAUGGAGAAUCUGAAUUCUGUUAAUAGUAUAAUUUGUGGAGCUUCCCAUAGGUUGAGAGAGAACCGACUGUUCCCUGUAGUGCCUUUGGGAAGAGAUGGGCUAAGUUCAGCUUUCCAUGUAUUCCCAAAGGCACCACAGAGGGAAAACUAUUUUUAACCUAAAGCAGCAGCAAGCGAAGUCCUGCUCCCUUCCUGCAACCUUGCUCUCUCAUGCUGGAAUCUGACAGUUUUUAAAUGUUCUUCCGGAACAGAAGAGAUCUUUAUCUUUGUGCUAAAAUAGAUUUGUCUUACUACUACUCAGCUGUAGUUCUUUUAUACAGAAAACAUCCAAUUUUAAAGCACUAUAACUAUACUCUUCGUUGCCUUGCUGAUUAAUACUGUAAUCUUGAAUUUUUUAUCAUCUCUUUUAUUUUGCAGCUUGACUGCGUGUGUCUAUGUGAAGUGCACCCAUGUAUGUAUUUCAGACAAUUAUUUUAUGAGCCAUUUGUAAUAAUAAAGCCUUUGACCACCUCUCCCUCACUUUAAAAUUAAAAUGACUUGUCUUAACUAGUUAAAACAGUGUGCUUAACUUCAAAGUUUAAAAUGUGCAGGGGGGAUGUGUGAGAGGAGAAAUAGGAUAUUUUCUAUUGUGAUAAAUGUUGUCCAUAAAACAAAUACAAGGACAUUUAUCACAAGAAUCCUUUAUUGAUACUUGUUCUUGCAGAGUUCAGGAUAGUUCAAGAUUUUAUCACAAAACUCCAAAAUGAAGAUGCCUAGAUUGCCAUGGAUGUAGGGUUGAUAGAGCAGUUUAAUUGGAAAAAAGUGCCAUAUUUCCUGCUCAGUGAGCAACAUGUAGCCUGAACAUUAUUGAAGGCCCAAAGA